UGCUAAUCGUAAAUAGGGGUUAUUCAGGCUAAUCGCAGUGAAAAUCUGCCGUCUGGUUAGCCUGAAUAGCGCUCCGUUUAGCCUAUUAAUGGUUGGCUAUCAAUGAUGGAAAUGGUAGUACGACUCAGUUAAAAAGUCUACAGUCUGCAUCAUUUUCCCUCAGUCUUCAUUUUACUCCCGGCCCGCAGUCUGCAGUCUUCGUUUUACACUGACCGAUUUCCGAACGCUGUUACAAGAAUAGAUACCAAUGCCAUCAAUGCGGAGUCUUGUUGGUGAAACAUUCGUAACAAAAGUUCACAGUACUGAGAAUUUUACAGGGGAUAACGUCGCUUGCAAUUUAGUCGGGGCUGCAUUUAGUCCGCUGGUUAAAAGUGCUCGCGGGCACUGAUACCCAGACCUUCAAGUUUACAUUUAAAAAAAUAGCGGCCAUGUUAUGAACGGAAAGAGGACGAUUUUAAUUCACUGUUUCAAUGACAAACUAGGAUAUUUCGGGAAAGCUAUUGGUAAAAUGAAGUGCGGUGGUGCACAAUGAUCAGCUAACGGAAUUACGGAAAUUACAUGUACUCACUGCCGAGUUUGCAACAAGAAGGCAAACAAGCAUCUAUUUAGGAAGCAACAGGAUGUCUUCGUGUAACGAAAAGUUUUCCCCUCACAGCCACACCCCGUACGGUGAUGAUGGGUCUGGGUUCUACUCAGACAACACAAUCGGAUGUUACAACGUGAUAUUAGAAUCUGCUCCUCUUAUGUUGGAGAGUGUCAAGUCAGCUCUUGUGAGGCCUGGGUCCGUGUUCACCAUUGUAGACUACGGCUGCGCAGACGGUGGCACUUCAAUGCCACUGCUGUACGCAUGCGUCAAAGAGCUGCGAAAGAUUUAUGGAGAUGAUCUUCCUAUUCACGUUAUUUACGAAGAUCAGCCCGUUAACGAUUUCAAGUCCUUGUUUCUUCGAUUGCAGGGUCUUAUACCAGGUCCAAAGAGCUAUUUUCUAGACUUCCCCAACGUGUUCGUCACGACGUGCGGUACAAGCUUCUAUAGUCAGUGUCUCCCUCCUCAAUCUGUAAAUUUGGGCUUUUCCGCCACUGCCAUGCACUGGUUACGUGACAAGCCGUGUAGCGUGACUGGAGCGUUACAUCACACAAUGAUUACAAUACCAGAAGAGGCAGAGAAGUUCCAAAACCAGGCCGCAAAGGACUGGGAGACGAUACUGUUGGCAAGAGCGAAGGAAAUGGCCCCGGGUAAGCAGUUAUUUGUUUCCUCAAGCAUGACCAGUUAUAAAGAGCACAAUCCCUGCAUAGAAACACGGAAAAUAAUUUUGUUUCCAAAUUUAAUCAAAGUGAUAUUAACUUUUCUUUGUUUACAGGACGAAUUUAACAAGACGACAUUUUUCAAUUAUUACCGCACUGUCACUGAGUUUAAGAAGCCAUUUGAGUCGGCGGACUCGCCCGUUCGAAAGGCUGGCCUUUCACUUGUCUCCAUAGAAACCAAAGUGGUACCCUGUCCUUACAGGGAAAAAUGGCUGAAGAAUGGUGGCGAUCCUGAAGUACAUGCCCGUUGGUUUAUACCAACGACGAGGACUUGGAGCAAUGCAACAUUUCUUUCUGGUCUUUCCGAGCAUCGCUCUCCUGAUGAGAAGGCAGACAUUGUCGACGAAUUCUUCAAACGUUAUGAAAACCAGGUGGUUAAGCACCCGGAGGAUCAUGGGAUGGAUUAUGUCCAUGCCUUCUUGGUUAUUGCAAAGAGUUAACUAGUCACAUGAAGCUUUAUUUAUCCGUUUACAGGUUCUUAUGCAUAUUAACAGAAGAUUUAUCGUCGAAGCUACGGUAGUAAUAGGUUAACCGAUGCACUUGCCUCCGUCAUCUUGUUUUUCAUUUUUGUUGUUUGUAGUCAUCAUAAACACCCUAGUCACCUAGGAAGAGAAUUAAAUAUGGACAUUGCCUCAGUCAUUUUUUUUUUUUAAUGGAAAUUGCCUCGGUCAUAAUUUUUGUCUGGCUACGGCCCUGAAAUUUCAUUGUUUUAAGAUUAGAUUACCUUCGUCCCUGUUUAACAGUGAAAAACAAAAGAAACAAACAAACUUAAUAUCGAUGUCGUGUAAGUUUAAAAAAUGAAGAAGACAAAGCAAAUUAUGGAAUCCAGGAAAUAAAAAUAAAAUAAAAUAAAUCACUUUUCAUGUUUAGCAAUAUUGUACUAAUUAGAGACACUGAAAAAAAGUUUGUAAAUUGA